AUGCAAGCCUUUGGGCAAGGGAUGUGUGAUCAUCCGAACCCGCUAAAAAUUAUCCCCGAUCACAUCUACAGCGAGAACAAAUCGUGGACCUCUGUGGAGACCUCGUACGAGACCGGCCCUAUUGGACGAAUGACCCAGCCUGCCAGCCAAGGGGUUCCCUUUCCAAAGUUCCUUAUGAACAUGGGGUCUUCCAGAAAGAACCCCCUGGGAGCUUCCACUUGUUCGGAGAGCCUCUGUGACUCAGGGGCUCUAUCCGGGUACAGCCUGUCCAGUAGCACGGGGUGCUUGCUGUGGGGAAGCCGGGUGGUCAUCCCCUCGCCUUUAAGGGAACGGGUACUCACCGCCCUGCAUGAGACACACCCCGGGGUGGUGCGGAUGAAAGCCCUGGCCAGGAGCUACGUGUGGUGGCCGGGACUGGACGCCGACAUUGAAGGGGUAGUCAAGAGGUGCCAGCCAUGCCAAGCCUCGCGGCCGGAACCACCCCGAGCGCCCGAGAGGGCCUGGGAAUCCUCCCACCGUCCCUGGUCCCGCCUCCAUCUGGACUUUGCGGGACCCUUCCAGGGCAAGCUGUUCUUCAUCCUGGUGGACGCAUACAGCAAGUGGCUGGAAGUGGUCCCAGUGCCCUCCACAUCCUCGCAGGCCGCAAUCCGGGCCAUGUGGAGGAUCUUCAGCGGCCAAGGGAUCCCCGACACGCUGGUCACGGACAAUGGGACCGCGUUCACCUCUGCCGAGUUCCAGGCGUUCACCAGGUACUACGGGAUCCGCCACGUCCGAUCCGCCCCGUUUCACCCCGCUACAAAUGGCCAGGCGGAGCGCAUGGUGCGCACCACAAAGGACGCACUUCGCCGACUGGACUCCACCGAUUGGGACUAUAAACUAGCCGCUUUCCUCUUCGGACAGCACACCACGCCACACUCCACGACCGGCCGCACCCCAGCCGAACUACUGCUGGGCCGUCGCCUAGCCUCCCGACUGGAUCGGUUGUGA